CCACAAGGCUUCCCCCAUUAGGUAUAAAUACGCGGAGCGGCCAAGUAGUGCUAUCAGUUAACAACGCCGCUACUACACCAUGAAUACCAAGGUACUUUUUCUGCUGGGUGUGGUGACUGUGGUUCUCGCAGACCGGCCUUCUAAUUCCUACGGCCCACCUCCACAGGUUCCCCGGUACGCCUCAUCUGAGGAGUCUGAGCCCCCCAAGUAUGUCUACAACUGGAACGUGCAGGAUGGCUACUCUGGCAACGACUUCACUCACCAGGAGAACCGUGAAGACGACAACACUCAAGGGUCGUACACCGUGCAGCUUCCCGACGGUCGUCUCCAGACUGUGACUUACUACGUGAACGGUGACUCAGGCUACGUGGCCGAGGUCAAGUACGAGGGUGAGGCUCAGUACCCCGAGUCUGAAGAGUCCAGAGAGUAUGCCCCACCCAGGCCCCGGUACUCCGCACCCCAGUCUGAGGAGUCUGUGGAGGCUCCCGUGUACGCCCCACCCAGGCGAUCAUACGGCUUCCCCCAGUAACUCACACCUAACAAUGCCUAGCAGACCAUACACUCCCCUGUAUAUUCUAGCUAAUUCAUCCUUCAACUUUCUUCUAAUACCACAAAUUGUUAAAAUCUUUCUUUAGCUUAAAAUCUUACACUUUAUUCCCCAGUCCUGUUUAUUUCUGCUUUCUAUAAAUCUCUUGUAAUUAUUUAUUUAUUAAACUGAAUCACUCUGCAAAUCA